AACUACAUACUCCACGAAAGAAGCCAAUGCUUUGUAGUUUGUAGAACUAAUAAGAAAAAGCCCUCUAAAGUGAUUCUCUGUUGAGAAUUCAGCGCAAGACCCAGAAACUUUGACCCCAAUAAAAGAUUUUCCCCUGAUCAAAGUUUUCGUAUUUCCUAUCUGGGUUUUUGAAUUAUCGAGCUUUUAUCUAUUUAGAAGAGCUCGUUUCAUUGAAUUUGACGCUUUCACCUUUGUCUUUUUCUCAUUUCUUAAUCUUUAAGAUUCCGUUAAUAUUUAUACCAAUUGAUUAUUUCAUUGUUCGCGUUUUUCGAGGCAGAGGCGUUAAAACUAACUUAGGCCUUUUUAUUCCUUCGAUUGGUUGCGUUUGAUCGGAAGAGAGAGUUAGCUUAGUGCAAGGAUGAGGGAAAAGCUAGGUUUUUUCCUCUGUGUUUGGCUUUUGUUGUGUGGGUCUUGUUUUGGUAGGUUUGUUGUAGAGAAGAACAGCUUGAAAGUUACUUCGCCAGAUUCAGUGAAGGGGGUGUAUGAAUGUGCUAUUGGGAAUUUUGGGGUUCCUCAGUAUGGAGGGACUUUAGUUGGGACUGUUGUUUAUCCAAAAGCCAAUCAGAAGGCGUGCAAGGGAUUCGAUGAGGUUGAUAUCUCCUUCAAAUCAAGGCCUGGAGGUCUACCCACUUUCCUUCUUGCCGAUCGAGGAGAUUGUUACUUCACCCUGAAGGCCUGGAAUGCACAGAAUGGUGGAGCAGCUGCUAUUCUGGUUUCAGAUGACAAGGAUGAACCAUUGAUUACAAUGGACAGCCCUGAAGAAGAAAAUGCAGAUGCUGAUUAUCUGCAAAAGAUCAACAUUCCAUCAGCCCUUAUCAGUAUGUCCUUGGGAGACAGUAUCAAGAAGGCUUUGUCUGCUGGGGAGAUGGUUAACAUAAAUCUUGAUUGGACAGAGGCUCUUCCACAUCCUGAUGAACGUGUUGAAUAUGAGUUCUGGACAAAUAGCAAUGAUGAGUGUGGACCAAAGUGUGACAGCCAGAUGGAGUUUAUUAGGAAUUUCAAAGGUGCAGCUCAGAUACUUGAACAGAAGGGUUACACUCAAUUCACCCCACACUACAUAACAUGGUAUUGCCCAGAAGCAUUCAUUCUGAGCAAACAAUGCAAAUCCCAGUGCAUAAACCACGGUAGGUACUGUGCUCCAGAUCCUGAGCAGGACUUUAGUAUAGGAUAUGAUGGAAAAGAUGUCGUGGUUCAAAAUCUGCGUCAAGCUUGCUUUUUUAAAGUGGCCAAUGAGAGUGGAAAGCCAUGGCUUUGGUGGGAUUAUGUCACUGACUUUGCAAUCCGUUGUCCAAUGAAAGACAAGAAAUACACUAAAGAAUGUGCAGAUAAAGUCAUCCAAUCUCUUGGUGUUGACCUCAAGAAGAUAGACAAGUGUAUAGGUGACACUGAGGCAGAUGUGGAAAACCCAGUUCUAAAAGCUGAACAAGAUGCCCAGAUUGGGAAAGGCUCUCGUGGUGAUGUGACUAUACUACCAACUCUUGUCGUUAACAACAGACAGUAUAGAGGUAACUUGGAUAGAGGGCCAGUUCUUAAGGCUAUUUGUGCAGGUUUCAAAGAGACCACAGAGCCAGCCAUAUGUUUAAGUGGAGACAUAGAAACCAAUGAGUGUUUGGAGAACAAUGGUGGGUGCUGGCAGGACAAUGCUGCUAACCUUACUGCAUGCAAGGAUACUUUUCGGGGAAGAGUAUGUGAAUGCCCUGUGGUACGUGGAAUGAAGUUUGUUGGUGAUGGUUAUACCCGUUGUGAAGCUUCAGAUUCUUUACGUUGUGAAAUUAACAAUGGUGGAUGCUGGAAGAAAGCCCAAGAUGGCAGGACUUUUUCUGCUUGUGUUGAGGAUCAUUCACAAGGUUGCAAGUGUCCUCCAGGAUUCAAGGGUGAUGGGGUCAACUCCUGCGAGGAUGUGGAUGAAUGCAAAGAGAAGACAGCCUGCCAAUGUCCAGAAUGCAAAUGCAAGAAUAUAUGGGGCAGUUAUGAGUGCAGCUGUGGUAGUGGUUUAUUGUACAUGCGAGAACAUGACAUAUGCAUAAGUAAAGAUGCCAACACAGAAGUCGGUUGGAGCUUUGUUUGGAUUAUUAUUCUUGGCUUGGCUGCUGCUGGAGUUGCUGGAUAUGCUAUCUACAAGUACAGAAUCCGGGGAUACAUGGAUUCAGAGAUACGGGCUAUCAUGGCGCAAUACAUGCCCUUGGAUAAUCAAGGAGAUAUUCCUGUACACCAUGCUCCCGGCAGCGACAUCUGAUGGAAGAAGAUAACAAUGUUCAAAUUCUGAGGUGCUUUAGUAGCUUAUUUAAUCAGCGAUUACAUGGUAGUUUUUAUCAUGUAGCCUGUCACACUUGUAUGUAAAUUUAAGUUAUAUAUAAGUGGCACGCAUAAUUCCAGGACCACUGUAAAUUUCCCAUCUGAUGUAAACCAGAAUAAUGGUUCAGGAUUUGCGCAGCUUUUCAGUUCAA